AUGGUGGAUAUAUUGCUCCACUCCUGCAACCAAGAAGAAAGAUUCGAUAAAGUUUCCCGCCCUACUAUUCACAAGGAGAUAUGGCUUAGAUCUAAUGAAGAUUAUUUGGCUUUCGAAUCAAGAAACUCCACUGUGAAGAAUGUAUGGGAUGCUUUACAAGAUGAGGAAAUCUACAUGAUGGGUGUUUAUGGGAUGGGUGGUCUAGGCAAGACCACUCUUGUGCAGGAAAUUGGUAGGAAAGCCGACAACGAUAAGCUCUUCGAUGAGAUUGUUUUUGUUGAGGUAACAGAAACUCCUGAUAUAAAAAAAAUUCAAACAGUAAUUGCAAACAAGUUAGGUCUCAAAUUCGAAUAUGCAAUGGAAGAUGAGAGUCAAAGAGCAAGCAAGUUAUAUUCAAGAAUGGAAAAGAGGAAUAUCCUUUUAAUCGUAGAUAAUAUUUGGGGAGAGCUGGAUUUGAAGAUUGUAGGAAUUCCUUCUAGAGCUGAUCGUGGAAGAAAUAAAAUAUUGAUGACAACAAGAAACGUUGAUGUGUUGGAGAAGAUGGGUUCUACAAAAAAUUUGGGGAUGGGCAUUUUAAAUGAAGAAGAAGCUUGGAGUCUAUUCAAGAAAAUGACAGGUGGUGUAAUUCAAACCCGUGAAUUGAAUUCUUUGCCACAAGAUGUAUGUAAGGAAUGUGGAGGUUUGCCUAUUGUCAUUUGUACUAUAGCAAAAGCAUUAAAGAACAAGCGUCGUCCAUCUAAUUGGAAAGUUGCCUUGCGAGAAUUAAAAGCGCCUUCACCAGCAAAUUUCAUAGGAUUACUGGAAAAGGAAUAAAUGAAGAUCGCCUUGAGUUACAAAUAUUUAAGAGAUGAUGAGCUCAAGAAAACAUUUUUAAUUUCUAGUCUAAUGGAAAAUAAUACUUCCAUUUCAAACUUUUUCAUACAUGUUGUGGGAUUGGAUAUACUUGAAGGAGCUAACCUGAAAAUGGAAGAAGCAAGGGAUAGGUUAGAUACAUUGGUUCGCAUACUGAAAGACUCUUGUUUGUUAACUGACGGUUUCACAAGCGAACAAUUUGCCAUGCAUGAUGUUGUCCGUGCUGUUGCUGUUACAAUUUCAUAUACAGACCACCAUGUAUUUACAAGGAGAAAUGAUGUUGAAAGGGAAUGGAAGGAUAAAGAUAAACUCAAGAAAUGCACAAAAAUCUCCUUAACUUAUAGUAGUACUGUUAUUAGUGAG